AUGACGAGGAACAAAAGGGUAAUCACCGUCGGGUAUUUAGGUCCGCCAGGAACAUAUUCGCAUCAGGCAGCAAUCCAACAAUUCAAGGAAUACGAGUCGCAGCCAAACACGGACGUCGUGUAUAAGCCUCAGAAGAGCAUCGGGGCGUGCUUCACGUCGGUGCAGGACGGCGCUGUAGACUACUCACUGGUGCCGUUUGAAAACUCGUCAAACGGCCAGGUAGUGCUCACCUACGACCUGUUCCGGGACUGGUUCACCAGCAGUGCCUCCGAGUCGGCAAAAAAAGUCGUCUCGACAGACACCCCAAGGUUCACGGUCAUCUCUGAGCAGUUUGUGCCUAUCCACCACAACCUCAUCACCUUCGCCGACGACGUCACCAAGAUCACCAAGAUAUACUCCCAUCCGCAGGUGUGGACACAGUGCCGCCGCUUCCUCGCCGAGUACGAGCUCGACAACAACAUCAAGGUCGAGAAGCUCGACACCUCGUCCACCUCGAAGGCUGUGGAAAACUUGCUGCACGUCAGUGACCCCGAGGAGAGACAGAAAACAGCAGCCAUUGCCUCCUCGACCGCCAGCGAGAUCCACAACGUGCCCAUCAAGAUUCCCAGCGUCGAAGACUUCUCCGGUAACACCACGAGGUUUUUGUGUCUUGGGCCCGACAGCGCAUACCUGGACCAAAGCGGGCACCAGGCCGCUCUGAACUUCACCCCGGAUACAAACAGUGGGACAUCUAACCAAAAGAUGCACCUGUUGACCUUCCUCAUCAAGAGAAACGACGACUUCGGCAGCCUCUGCGACAUAUUGGAGAAGUUCAAGAAGUACAACCUCAACCUACAGACCAUCACCACGAGACCAAGCAUCGACAAGCCGUGGCAAUACGUCUUCUUUGUAGAGGUGUGGGACGGUCACGAGCCGGACGCUCUGAAGGCCUGUCUGGCUGAGCUGGAGCCUCUCGUGUUCGAGCUUAGCGUGGUCGGCUCCUUCUACCGGAGCAGACGGUUCUUCGAGAUGCUUACGUGA